GGACCAUAAAGUAAGACCAACACACCUACUUUCUUUCAAUUUUAUUUACUAUAUCCUUUAAUACAAAAUAAAUAUAUUCAUCAAUCAUUUUGCUUAGCCUUUCCCUUCGUCACUAUUAACGUUUAUCUCUCAAAUUUCAUUUACUCUAUUUCCCACAAUGCUCCCAUUUGCCAACUACUACAUUUCUUCACCAUCUAUCUCCGAGAAGAACAUUAGCAACAACAACGUAAACAAGAGGAGGAAGAAGAAACGGGCCAUGACGGUUUAUGGUGGUGGAGGAGGAGGAGAUGAUUUAGCGGUGGUGAAGGCGGCGGCGUGGGCUUGGUACCUAAGGAAAGAAGGCAAACCGAUUAUGAGAGAGUUUGAUCUAACGAGAGCAUCAAGAACACCGCGACCUUCACGGUACAAGAUCGAAGCAACGAAGAACAUGAUCCUCUCUGAGAAUAGGCUUUUGGCUGAGAAUAGGGUUUCUACUAAGUCUCCACUUUGGUACACGAAUUACCCUUUUCGUGGGGAUCAAGAAACGCAGUACUCUCGUCUUCUUGACACUUACGAGAUCAAGAACAUCUCCAAGAGGCUUAACAUUGAUGAUACUAGUUUCUCCGCAAGUUUAAGCAGUGUUUUGAGGCACAACGGCAAUGAUCAUCAUAAUCAUAAUCAUAAUGAUGAUUAUGGUUUUGAUGAUCAUGGUUUGUUGCAGAAGAGAAAUGGUAAAGAUAAUAAUAAUACUACUACUAGAAGUAGAACAAACAAUGACAAGAGUUAUAAUGGUGGCUUCAUGAAAAAAGUGAGCAAGAGAAGUUUGUGGAAGGGAAUGAUUGUGAUGGGUCCAGGGUCGACGGUUUGUGGGAGAAGUGAUGACGUGGCUUCGCAGGCCGGCAGAAGAACGGUAAAGGUUGCGGCGGCGGCAGAGGCUCUGGUCAGGUCGGCGGCAAGUGGCAAGACUCAAAGUGGUCGUCGCUAACUUUAGUGGUUCUUGGGUUGUUGAGCUUUGAAGACUUUUUAGGCUGGAAGGGACUUUUUCUUUUGAACAAUUUUUUUGUUUUGUUUUAUUUAAUUGUACAUUUCUUAAUUUCAGUUUCUGAUUUUCACUAGCUGUGUAUUUUUAACACGUUUGAGUAAAUAUUUACAUCUUAA